CUCGACAACCCACUGGCCACCCGGCAUCCACCCGACAUCCACCAGGAUCUGCAGCACCGACAAGCACUCUGGACAGCGUCGCUCCCUGCUACCAAGACCCAGACUGACUGCACGUUGCUUCUGGCCUGUUUCGCACGUCUGGAGCCUGACCGUCAAACAAACAAACAUCCAUCCAACACAUUCAUCCGCCCGCUCCGUGGCCGUCGCCAUCGCCGCAAGUGAUGCUGUCGAUGACGCACAAUCAGUUCGACGAGUCUGGCUCAGCCCGCCGGCGAUCAACACGUCUGCGAUCGAUCAACGAGCUGUCCGCCAAAGUCAAGGACGCCGAGCAGCCCCGCCGGGCUUCCCCUUCGUCGCCGUCGGCGUAUCCUGCCGUCGCCGGCAUGGGCGUGACAUCGUCCAACAUUGGCGAUGCCAUACGGGCCUACUCCCAAGCCGCCAACUCACCGGCAGCACUGCUCUCUGGUCCCAAAACCCGAUCCCGCCGCACCAAAGCUGUGGCUGAGGAUCGGCCUCUCCACAAGACCCACCAAAUCGAUCCGACGACGGGGCAGAGGAGAGCGAACGGCGAUCUCCACCCAGGUGUGCAGCCAGACCAAGCUCCACGAGCGGCCGAAUUCGAUCCCUCGCCGUGGGGAUACGCUUCGAAGCGCCAGGAUCCAAACUCAAGUGAGCGGCCUCGAUAUCAGAUGGUCGAGGAUGCACACGAAAACCCUUUCAUUGCCACCCACGAAGAGACGCGCCGUGUUCUGGGAUCUGCCUAUUCGCUUCCAAAGUCCUCUCCAUCCAACUUUGUCUCGGACAUCAUCGAGCAGGAAGACGAGUAUUACGAUGAGGCCGAAGAAACAUAUGAAGCCGAUGACGUUGGAGACUAUGUCGAGGAGGAGGCUGACGAAGGCUUCAUCAACCUAGACCACCCGUUCUGGUCCAAUCCAAUUGUCGCCACAGUCCGGCCCGCCAUUUUGGUGGUGCUGUCGUGCGUUGUCCUGAUAUGGCGAUACGCCUCACUGCCGGCUUGGGCCGUCUUUGAGUUCGGGGUGGUGCGGCCCAGCAUCAUCCUGGGCAGCUUGGCUCGGCUGGCUCAGCACCAGACUCGAGCAGUGCUGAGGAAAAUCCUCACGUCUCAGAACUGGAUUGUGGGGCUGCUUGCCUUUUUUGUGGCUUUUGCCUUCCUCGUCGUCAAGCCGCCCACUACCUGGGACUCGGGACUCGAACGCAAUAUCCUCCAGCCCGCGCUUUAUCGCCUGAGCCAAAGCUUCCAUGUGACUGACGUCCUCUUUCGGAGCGAACCCUCUACUUCCGGUGACGCAGAUGCCGUAGAGCCAGCGAUUGACCAACGAGUAGUGUCCGCCACCGAGGCGCAUCCAGAAUCUGACGAGGAAUCUCAAGCACCUGGCAUCCAAGAGCCUGAUCCUGCCGUGUCCCCAACUCCUUCCCCAUCGUCCAUCGACGUGCCCGAGACCGUCGCUGCUGUGGAUCGAUCCGAGUUUGUCCCAGAUACAAGCGCGUCCAAGGAUAGCGCUGAGCUCCCCACCCACGACAGUCCGCGCGACGGUGCCGCCGCCAUGGCGUCGGAUACGGUGAUUCAAGUACUUCCUGCCGCCUACCAAGGCAUUGUCACUCGCGUGUCUGAGCUCGAAGUCAAGCUCAAGGACCACCAGUCUGCCACUGCAGGCAGCUCAGAACGUAUUCAAGCCCUGAGCCAGACGCUGGAGAAGCUCAGGCAGGAUAUCGUCGACGCAGUUAAUGCUGACAGGGAUCAUCUCUCGUGGAUCACAAAGCUCCAGGAGCGGCUUGACGCCCUGCCUGCCGAUCUUGAGAAUAGGCUCAAGGCCGUAGAGAAGCAACUCGAAUCGCAAAUCGCACAGGCGCUCACGGACGUCGUGAGCGACAUGCGCAAUCUAAAGGCCAUCGUCAGCCACAUCGAGUCCGAGAGCCGCGAAAAGAAACACGGCACCAUCACCGGCAGCCUUCAAGAACUUGUCAAGGCUGCAGCUGAGAAUGAGGAGCCGCAUCUUGUCUCAAAAGCUGUCGAGCUGCUGCUGCAGGAUCCAAGACUGGAGGAACAUGUAAAGCAGCAGAUCCUCAGCGCUUCUGCCCCAGCUCACGAUGCUGCCAAGGCCUUUGGUGGCUAUCCCGAUGAUCUGGAUACGCUGUUGGAUGAGCUGAGGCAAGCCCGCGAUAGACCUGCGUCCUCGGGGAUUCAGCGCGACGAGCUUAUGCAGCUGGUUCAAGAAGUCGUCGCCCAGCAUAUGGAUCGAUAUGAGCGCAGCUCACCCCCCGGGCGCGAGCCCCUGGUCGCCAACCUGGGUGCCUUGGACCACGAUCUCGAGGCUCUUGUUGUUCAAACAGUCGAGAAGCUCUCCGCGGACCGUCUUGGCCAGCCCGACUAUGCCCUCAGCAGCGGCGGCGGACGAGUCAUGGCGCUCCUGACCUCGCCUACCUUCGACCUUGGCAUUGCUCCUGCAUUCGUUCAGAAUGCGCUCGCCAAGCUCUUCCACCGCGACCCCAUUGAGCGACACCCGCCUUCGAUGGCUCUCAACCCGGAUGUGAACGUCGGUAACUGCUGGCCCAUGAGUGGCGACAAAGGUACCCUCGGCAUCAGACUGGCCAAGCCGAUUGUGCCAAAGUCCUUCACUAUCGAGCACGCAAACCCGGCAAAUCUGCCAGAGGCAGCGAAGAGCCUGCGAUCGGCUCCGCGCCAGAUCGAAGCCUGGGCUGUUUUUGAUCCAGAGCUGUUUGCGGUGCGAAUCAUCCCGCAGAUGUGGUCAAGCAGUGCUCCAGCCGACGAUCUUCUCGACCAAGAGCCCGAGAUCGCAGAGGCCGGCAUCCUUCUGGCUGAGGCCGUCUUUGUUCCGGAAACCCAGCACGUUCACACGUUUGCGGUGUCUCCUCAAGCACAACAGGCGCUGCGGAAACGAAAGCUGGCGCACGGCAGCGAAGAGUCGCUGGUGUCCAAGGUUGUGCUUCGGGUUCGCGGCAACUGGGGCGCCGACGGAUUUACUUGCAUCUACCGAUUCCGUGUUCAUGCCGACGAGUGAGCCUUUCGGCGCCUGGAGCUAGUCUUGCUUUAUGGCCAUUUUUGCAGCUGCUGUGUUUGAAUGGUUGCAUGCUUGACAUCCCAGCGUCACUUUUGUUGGUUUUGUUGUUGUUGGCGUUGACGUUGUUGAAAUGCAUAUCGUCGCAAUAUGAUCCCUCCCACUCAGCGAGUUAGGGCGACUUGAGGAGCCCCUGUGUAUCCGGGACUCGUC